CCAACCGGAAGUCUGUAGCGGUGACAGUUUCUUUGGAUGUAAUGGGGCUAGCCAGAAACUAGUAGCACCGAGCUUUGAAUUGAAUUUGAAGUUUACCGAGAGUUCAAUAGAGAGCGGGUUGAAAUGAAACGCGAUGUCCGGAUUCUGAUGUUGGGGGAACCCAAAGUGGGAAAGACCUCUCUCAUCAUGUCUCUGGUUGGAGAGGAGUUUCCUGAGAAGGUUCCUCUCCGAGCAGAAGAGAUCACCAUACCAGCCGACGUCACGCCUGAGAAAGUGCCCACACAUAUAGUCGACUAUUCAGAAAGUGAACAGUCUGAUGAAGUUUUGCGGGAGGAAAUCGUGAAGGCCAAUGUUGUGUGUGUGGUUUAUGAUGUCACACAAGAGGAAACCAUUGACAAGAUCAGGACUAAGUGGAUUCCGCUGGUGAACGGUGGUGCUGAGAAAGGAAACAAGAUUCCCAUCAUCCUCGUGGGCAACAAGUCCGACCUGCGCUCCGGCAGCUCCAUGGAAACCAUCCUGCCAAUCAUGAACCAGUUUUCAGAGAUUGAGACCUGUGUAGAGUGCUCAGCUAAGAAUCUGAAGAAUAUUUCUGAGCUCUUUUAUUACGCCCAGAAGGCCGUUCUGCACCCGACUGCUCCGCUCUACGACCCUGAAGACAAACAGCUGAAGCCGCAGUGCGUUCGAGCUCUGAGUCGGAUCUUCAGUAUCUCUGAUCAGGAUAAUGAUCACAUCCUCAGUGACGCUGAACUCAACUGCUUUCAGAAAUUAUGUUUCGGGAACCCACUGGCUCCUCAGGCUCUAGAGGACGUGAAGACAGUCGUGUGGAAGAACACCAGUGAUGGAGUCCAGGACAACGGACUCACUCUCAACGGUUUCUUGUUCUUGAACACUCUCUUUAUCCAGAGGGGACGUCAUGAAACCACCUGGACCAUCCUGCGUAAAUUUGGCUACGAUGACACGCUCGAGUUGACUGAUGACUACCUCUAUCCACCGUUACGAGUAUCGGUGGGUUGCACAACGGAGCUGAAUCAUCUGGGUCAUCAGUUCCUCCAGAAGCUGUUUGAUAAGUAUGACGAGGAUAAGGAUUCAGCGCUCUCUCCCGCUGAGCUGAAGAAUCUGUUUAGUGUUUUACCCUACAUGCCCUGGGGCCCGGAAGUGUACAGUAACGUCUCCUUAUCAGACGAAAACUACAUCUCACAGCACGGGUACUUCUGCCAGUGGAUGUUAUCCGCUUAUUUGGAUGUCCACCGGUGUUUGGAGCAUCUCGGUCACCUUGGGUAUCCCAUUCUAAUGGAGCGAGAGUCCCAGACCUCGGCCAUCACAGUAACACGAGAAAAGGCAUUAGACCUGGAGAAGAAACAAACCCAGCGCACCGUGUUCCUCUGCAAAGUGAUCGGUCCACGCGGAACAGGAAAGACCGACUUCCUCCAAGCUUUUCUGCAGCGAAGCACUGAGAGAAGCGAGCGUGACCCCGGUCCCCCCACCAUAUACGCCAUCAACACAGUCUCAAUAGCCAAUCAGGACAAGUACCUCAUCCUGGAGGAGGUGGACGUGGAAACAGAGUUUCUAAAAGCAGCCGAUGCAGCGUGUGAUGUGGCGUGUCUCAUGUAUGAUGUCAGCGUCCCGGACUCCUUCAACUACUGCGCUAGUAUUUAUAAGCAGCACUACAUGGACAGUGGGAUCCCAUGUGUGGUUGUGGGCUCCAAAGCUGAUCUGAUAGAAGUCAAACAGCAUCAUGGGAUGAGCCCGUCUGAGUUUUGUUACAAACAUCGGCUGCCUUCACCUCUCCGAUUCUCCACGCUGCUCACACACACUCACACACACAUUUACAGCAAGCUCACCUGGGCUGCCAUGUACCCGCACCUGAACGGAUCAGACAUGAGCAGCAUGUCUUUCUGGCUGCGUGUGACUCUGGGAACCACAAUAGCUGCCAUGCUGGGCUUCGCUCUGUACAGAGCCUUUAGCCGACACAAAUGAUGCAGAAACUCGCGUUCUCUCACAAUACAUGCAGAUAAACACACACUCACUCGUUUCCUGCGCUCUGUCUUGGCCUUACUGAGUCACUGUGGCUUAACAAGGGCAUGAAGCUCUACUAGUUACAGUGACAACAACACAAUUAAGCAGAUGUUUGUUUGUUUCUUCUCAGCUGGACUAAAAUAUUGCACAUGCU